CGCGUCUGCUGUAAUCCGCUCACACACACACACAAACACGCGCGCACACACACACAUGCUCAGUGCAGUCCCGAGAGCGGCGUCCGUAAUGGCUGCUCGACUCUCACUCUCCUCGGCGGAAACUGAAUCACUGUCCAGACCCAAAAUUCGGGUUCGCCUGAAUUAAAAUGGUUGAUUACCGACCGGACAAGCUCGGAGAAAGCAAAAUAAACGGAGUGAAGUGAGUCUUAACCAAGCAGCAGCCCGUUGCCAUGGCGCUGAAGGAGAGGGUGGAGGCGGUGCUGAACGUGGGGCUGCGCGUGCCCAGCAUCAUGCUGCUGGACGUGCUGUACCGCUGGGACGUCAGCUCCUUCUUCCAGAAGAUCCAGCGUAGCAGCCUCAGCAACAACCCCCUCUUCCAGUACAAGUACCUGGCCCUCUACCUGCACUACGUGGGUUAUAUCCUGAGCCUGGUGUUGCUAACCCUCCCCCGACAGCACCUGGUGCAGCUCUACCUGUACGUCCUCACUGCCCUGCUGCUAUUCGCUGGACACCAGAUCUCCAGGGACUAUGUUCGCAGCGAGCUGGAGUCGGGCUACGAGGGGCCGCUGUACCUAGAGCCGCUCUCUAUGAACCGCUUCACCACCGCCCUCAUCUGCCAGCUGGUGGUGUGCACGCUCUGCUCCUGCGUGAUGCAGACCAAGCAGAUCUGGCUGUUCUCGGCUCACCUGCUCCCCCUGGUGGCCCGACUGUGCCUGGUCCCCCUGGAGGCCGUCGUCUUUGUAAACCGCUUUGCCAUGAUCUUCACCGGCCUGGAGGUGCUCUACUUCCUGGCAUCCAACCUGCUGGUGCCCUACAACCUGGCCAAGACGGCGUUCCGCGAGCUGGUGCAGGUGGUGGAGGUGUACGGUCUCCUGGCUCUGGGCGUGUCGCUGUGGAACCAGCUGGUGCUGCCCGUGCUCUUCAUGUGCUUCUGGCUGGUGCUGUUCUCCCUGCAGAUCUACUCCUACUUCAGCACCCGCGACCAGCCCACGUCCCGCCAGAGGCUGCUCUUCCUCUUCCUCACCAGUAUUGCAGAGUGCUGCAGCACACCGUACAGCCUGCUGGGCCUGGUCUUCACCGUGUCCUUCGUGGCGCUGGGCGUGCUCACGCUCUGCAAGUUCUACCUGCAGGGCUACCGAGCCUUCAUGAACGACAACACUGUGCACAGGGGUAUGACUGAGGGGAUCACCCUCCUCAUCCUCGCUGUGCAGACCGGGCUGAUCGAGCUGCAGGUCAUCCACAGAGCCUUCCUCCUCAGCAUCAUCCUCUUCAUCGUGGUGGCGUCCAUCCUGCAGUCCAUGCUGGAGAUCGCCGACCCCAUCGUGCUGGCCCUGGGGGCGUCCCGGGACAAGAGCCUGUGGAAGCACUUUCGGGCGGUGUCCCUGUGCCUGUUCCUGCUGGUGUUCCCUGCCUACAUGGCCUACAUGAUCUGCCAGUUCUUCCACAUGGACUUCUGGCUCCUCAUCAUCAUCUCCUCCAGCAUCCUCACCUCCCUGCAGGUCCUGGGCACGCUGCUGAUCUACGUGCUCUUCAUGGUGGAGGAGUGGCGGAAGCGUCCGGUGGAGAACAUGGAUGAUGUCAUCUACUACGUGAACGGGACGUACCGGCUGCUGGAGUUCCUGGUGGCGCUGUGCGUGGUGGCGUACGGCGUGUCCGAGACGCUCUUCGGCGAGUGGACGGUCAUGGGCUCCACCAUCAUCUUCAUCCACUCGUACUACAACGUGUGGCUGCGCGCCCAGCUGGGCUGGCAGAGCUUCCUGCUGCGCCGCGACGCCGUCAGCAAGAUCCAGAGCAUGCCCACCGCCACCAGCCUGCAGCUGCAGCGCCACAACGACAUCUGCUCCAUCUGCUUCCAGGACAUGGUGUGCGCAGUGAUCACCCCUUGCGGUCAUUUCUUCCACGCUGGCUGUCUGAAGAAGUGGCUGUACGUGCAGGAGACCUGUCCGCUGUGUCACAGCCAGCUGAGGAGCCAAUCACAGGCUGCUGCCACACCUGCUCCUCCCGCCCCCCUCCAGGACGUUCCUCUACCAGCCAAUGAGAAUGCGGCGGGGGCGGAGCCCGCCGACCCUGGCGUGCCUGGGGCUCUGGGUGGUAACCCUGACAACGGGGCUGAACUGGGACCCCAGAGGGAGGGGUCGUCCGUUCCCCUGGCCCCAGCCCUCGACCCCAGAUGGGACGGGGUGCGGUCUGAGUGCGGCGGUGUGUGGGACGGGCGAGCCCCCCCUCUGUCGGAACCGCUGGGGGGCACCUCGAGUGGAUCGGCUCCAUGUGCUCCUCACCCAGCAGGGCCUGGCCCCUCCCCCGCCCCCUCCCCACCCCGCCCCCUAACUCUGACACACAGCUCUGAGGGUGUCUCAGCACCCUGCCAAGCCCCGCCCACAGGGUCACCCAGCCAAUCAGAACUCCCUGGGGUGGAGGCUUACGGGACCACUGUUGUUCCACCAUAAAGACUCUGAUUGCUGCUCUGAAGCAGUGAUUUCCAAACUGGACCACAUCUGUUCCCCAUUCUUACACCCCCACCUCCCCUCCAUCCUCACACCUGCCCAAUCCUUACACCCCCAUCUAUCCCCCCAUCUUAACAUCCCCUCCCCAAGCCCCAUCCUUACCCCCCCACCUCCCUGAU